AUGAUCUACCUGAGAUCUAAAAGGGUUGACAAUUUAAAGGACCAUCGAAGUAACAACAGUAGUUUUCAACAAAGUUCAUUUCAUUCAUCUAAUCAUCAUCAUGGGUCAUUCGGUGAUUCAUCUUCCAAUCAAACAGGAAGUUCAUCAUUGGAACGAGGCGGAGAUGAGGAUGCGAACAGUAAAACAAAAUGUUUCACACUUUCCAUGGAUAGAGUUGAUUAUGGUGAAAUUGCCGGUGAAUUUAAUCCAUCAAUUAAAAGUGAUUCAAUUAAUAAUAGUAAAAGAAAAAGUCAACAAAAAGAAAUCAACAAAAGUGAUGAUAAUUGUCAACAGAAAACACAAUCAUCAGAUGUUGAGAUUUGUCUCAAAUCCAUUGACCAAGGACAUUUAUUAUCCACAAUAACUUCAUCAUCUUUAUCAGUGCCAAUCUCAUCACCUAAUCCAUCAUCGAUUAAUAAUCUAUCCUCAUCAUCACCAUCAUUGUUAACCUUUCCAUUAUCAUCUUCAUCACUUUCAUCUCCAUCAUCAUCCUCAUCCUCCUCUCCUCAAUCACCAGCAUCUUCACCCUCUCAAUCACUCACAACAAUAACCAACAUUGUUAAUCAUCAUCAUCAUCAUCAUCAUAAUCAACACACUCCAUCAUCAUUAAACUCAUUACAGGCUCGAGUCAAGGAGAAAUCUGCUCAAUUUAAUGGACAGUUUUGUGGACAAACGAACACAAAUGUACAAAUUGUUAGCAAUUUAUCACCACAACCAUUUCGACGGUCGAAUCGAUUAUCAAGACGAGACUUGUCGAUUGCGCCUAAAUUGUUGGACCCUGAGGCCUUAUCAUCGCCCUCACCGACUGCCAUUGAAUUUCUUUCAAGACUUCGAGAGGUCAUUUCAUCGGCUCGAGGUCGAAUGAGAGCUCCUUUAUCGACAACAAGUGACUCGUCGUCAAUGGGAUCACCAAGUUCAUUGGAAAGUGAAAGUGAACUUCAAAUGAACAGAAAUGAGACAUUAUUAAGCCAAGAAGCUUUAUCCAUGUAUCAGCAACAAUAUCAACAAGAUAAUUCAUAUCAACAACCUUUAUCAUUGCCUGUGGCGAUUUCAACUGUUUCGCAGUCAAACUCUUGGAAAUCGUCGGUUAAUCAAUUUAGACCGAAACUUUUAUCAUUUGGAAGCUCUCGAAGAGCUUCAGACAAUUCUAAAGCUAAAGUGACCACUAAAGAAAUUGCAUUCUCUGAUUCCGAGUUAUCGAAUGAUAGAUCUCAUGAGCCACGACACGAGCAUCAAUUGAGCUCCUCAUUGUCAUCGAUUUAUAAGAAAAAUUGUGAUUCUUCCAUGAUGAUAACUGCCUGGGGAGAUGACAAAGCAUCCAAAGUAUCACGAAGGGAAAUAGUUGAUCGUUUAGCAGAGGAAAUGGUUACGGUUAAUGAUGAUCAGAAUGUUACUAUUUCCAACGAGAACGGAAACAUGGAGCAAACCAAUUACUCCAAUGAACCCGAUUCUCUCAAUGAUCUAUCAGAUAUUAAUGAGAAUCUAUUUGAAACAAAGGGAAAUCAUAACAAUAACAAUUCUGGGAACAAUAAUUACGAUGAUACAAUUAGUUCAGAAAAUUUGGCCAACCUAUCAAACGAAGUGGAAAAGAAACUCGCCCAACGGAGUAUUGUCCCAUUGCCCGAGGUUGUCACCGAAAUUACUGAAACAUGUAAGGCAAGAUCUAAAAUCGAUGGGGUUAAAUCAAAUCAUUCGUCUCAUGGUAAUCAUAAUCACUCUAAAGAAGAUUCAAGAUUAAGCCAAUUAGUCGCUGAUUUGAAACAUUUUACCCGUAAAAGAAAACAGAUCAAAACAGUUAAGUCUUUACCAUUGGUCAGUGACAAUAAUUGGAUGCUACAACCAGUGGCUUCGAUGUCAUUAAGAUUACCAUCUUCAUCAUCUCGACCAUCCCUAUCAUCCUCAUCCGUACCUAAUAAACUACUUGAAAAUAGAUCCAUGAGAAACAAUAUCAGAGAUAAUAAUAGCAAAAAUGGUAAUAAAAGUGGAAAAUACAAUAGCAAUAAUAAUAAGAAUGCUAAAUCAGCUAAUAAACAAUCAAGAUCUGAUGAUAAUUCUCAAGUGAUAACAAUACAGGAGGGCCGUUAUUUGAAUUUUAAUAAUCACUCAUCAUCAAUUUCAGAUGAGGAACCAAAUUCAACAGGGAAUGAAAUGAUUACCUCAAGGUUUCCAUUGGAAACAUGGAGUUUAUCAUCUGAGCCAAGCAAUGGAUCAUCAUCACCAAAUUAUAAUCAAAAUAACAACAGUAUCAACAAGAAUAGUGUUAAUAUCAAUAUUGAUAUGAUUGGUGAGGAAAACUAUGCCCGGCAAACAAUUGUUGACCCAUUGACCCUUGAUGACGAUGAAAUGUUCAUCACAUUUGCCGGAAAUGAAUUUGAGUCAAACGGAAAUGAAGGUGAAGUUGGUUACAUAAGCCGAUUCAAUUUGAUAAAGAAAUAUAUUGAUGAUCCAAAUAUAUUUAGUGAUAAAGGUUCUAAAAUCAAGUGA